UUUAAACGUAUAAUUAUUUUUUGUUGUACGUGUUUUAAGGAAGGGUUGCGUUUAAUUAAUGGGGAUGGUUUUUUGUUUACACAACCAUUUUAAUUAAUUUGUAAUCAUUUUUUUGUACGCGUUUUUUAAUUAAUUGUCCGGUUAAAAAUGGCUUUAAAUAUGGAUGAGGUUUUAAACGAAAUCGGCUGGAACAAAGGUUUUAAUAUUCCCAUAGCUAAUAAAGAAAAUCAAGGAUUGAUGUUGGAAUUUCAAAAGUUGCUGAAUCAAAGAGAAGCGUUUAAAAAGAAAUUUGAGAAUGAAACAAAUAAAUUUAAAGCUUAUGAGAAACAUUUAAAAUUCAUUAAAGAGGAAUCUGAGCAAAAUGAGAAACUUUUAAUGGAUUAUGAUCGCCAAAUUAAAACGGAAAAACAUAAAUAUUUAAAAUUAAAGUGUGAAAAUGAGAAAACUGACCAGGAUAUAAAAGGGGUGAGAAAACAUAUUGAGGAAAUCGGGGCAAGAAAUGAUGAGAAAAGGAAUGAGUUGAGUAAAGUUAUGAAUAGAAUCGAGAAAGCUAAGGUUGUCUUUAAUUGGGAUCUUGAAGCUAAUAAAUCCACGGAGGAGUGUGUCGAAGAACAACUUAAUGAUGAGAAUGUUCUAAAAAAAUAUUCCGAAUUAGAUGCGCGCAAAUUAAAAACUUUGGAAGCUCGAAGACAAAAAUUGCAAUCAUGUUUAACAGAAAAAUUGGAAAAAGCUGAGAAAAUCAAUGCAGCAAUCGCAAAUUAUCUCAGCAUGCAACAUAAAACCAAUGUAAUACUUUGCGAGCAAGAAAACGAAAAAAAAUUAUUAAUUAAGCGUUGGCAAAAUGCUGUUAAAAAUUUGAGAAAACGGGACCAAGAAAUUUCUAGAUUUAAAUGUGAUAUAAAACAAAUCGAGGAAUGCAUAAGAGAACGCGAACAAAUGUUAAAUGAAGAAGAAUCGUUUUUUCACCAACAAGAAUACCACAACAAAGAGAUGGAGAAUGAAAUUGCCGAAUUAAACGUUUUAAAUUCGCGCGCAAGAAAAGAAUUACAAGAUAGUACUAAAUUUACUUUAGAAGUAAACGUGAAUUUUACCACAACAAAAACAACUUUGUUAAUCGUUUCAACUAAAUUGGAACGUGCAAGAAAAGAAAACAAAAAUUAUAAAAACCAAAUGAAUAAAAUUAAUGAAUCAAUUCAAAAAUCAUUAACUACCAUCAGAGAGUUAGAGAUAAAACUGUUAAAAGUUAAAUCAAUUUCAACAACAGCAACAGAUAAAGCAAAACAUUUCCACGAUUUAAUUAAAAACGAAGAAAUGCUUUAUAAAAUAUUAACCAAAGAUAUUAAUAAAUCUCAAGACGUCUCUCUCAAGAACCGAAAUGGUUUGAAAGAAAUCAAUGAUGAAACGACAAAAAUAAAAUUACAAAUUCCUAAAACUUUAUUAACGAUUCGAAAUGCUCAUAACAAGGUUAACCAUGUAAUGAAAACCGUUUACUUACAAACCGAAAUGAGUUAUCGCUUAGCUUACUAUAAAUACCAACUGAAAUUGAAAAUAUCAGAUCUUGAAGGUACCUCGGAGAAAAAGGAAGACAAAGAAGUAAUGGAUGAGAAAAUAGAAGAAUUUGAAAAAAGAUUGGGGUUUCACAGAGAGAAAAGAAUCUUUUUAAAGAAUCAAGUUUUAAAAGUUGAAGAGGAAAUGAGAAGACUGACCAUGCAUAAAAUAGAGGAUGCCAAAAAAUUAGAUCGCCUAAAAAGUAAGCUACAAGACGAGAAAAUGCUUUUUGAAGGGGGCGUCAAACAAACGGCUAUUAUGAAAAUGAAAAUUCAAAAAAUGCAUGUUGACAUGAAUAUGUUGCGAUUAAAACUUUCCCAAUUAGAAAAAGCUUUAACCAAAGAAGUCGAUAACAUCUACGAUUUACAACGAUUCAAAUUAUUCUUAGAAACCACACUAAAAGAACGCGAAAUUGAAAUUAACACCCACUGUCAAAUCUUAGAAGCAUCCAAAAAGAAUUUAGAGGAAACUCGAAGUCGAUUAAAAGCUGACAUCAAUUCCAAAAAACUUCGAGUUACUCAAUUUCAACAGAAGCAUCACAUAGCACUUGCGGUGCUGGGUUCUUGCGAAGACGGGGAACCUUUAUCGAUGGAAGAAUAUAGAACGAAAGAAGAGGAACAACGGGUAUUGUUAAAGGAUGAGCACGAAGAUUUAAAACGAAAAAUUGAGAUAACCGAAAAAGAACUUCAAGCUAUGGAAAAUACUCUUCAUGUUGUUAAUAAAACGAACGAUGUGUUUUUAAGGACGUUAAUGCCCAAACAUGAGGAAAUCGAUCGGAAUGAAUCGGAUAUUAUGAAAAUGGAAGAUGAAACUAUUAAAAAAUUUGAUGUGUUUAAGGAACGAAAGAGGGUGUUUAAGGGGAUGCAAAAAAAAUUAAAUGAUACGCAAAACAAACUGGACAAGAAACGCGAAGAAUUUCAAGUGGAACUUAAACAUCGUGAAGAAUUAGAAAGUAUAUAUCUCAACGUAAAACGUGAAUUACUCGAAUAUAAUGAAAAAUUUGCCAAAAUUUUACACAAUGUAAAAACGUAUAAAAAGAAAAUAAUAUCAAAUCAACAUUCAGAGAGGACUUUGAGAAAUUUGGAAAUCAAGCAAUUCGAUGGUGCGAAUAAACAAACUCUUCAUCAAAUUGCCGUUUUAGCAAACGAAAAUGAAGCUCAAUCUCCAACGAUUGAAAAUUUGUUUUUAGAAAAUAAUUUGAGUUUACCUUCGUUGGGAAGUAAAUCGUUAUCUGUUAGUAGCAGUAGCUGUCUUUCGUUGCCGAUUAAGGGCGAUAUAAAUUUUUCAGGAAGGACAUCUACGUCAGCACUAACACAAAUAGUUUUAAAAUUUGAUGAUAUUAAUAAAUAAUUUAGCUUCAA